UUGUUUAAGGGUAAGCUGCCGAACGACGCGCAUUUGUUACGAUUCUUACGAGCACGAGAUUUUGAUGUCGCCAAAGCGAAGGAGCUCGUCCACAAUAGUAUCAUCUGGAGAAAACAACAUAAUGUUGAUAGGAUAUUACAAGAAUGGACUCCCCCUGCGGUGUUGACGCAAUUCUUUCCAGGAUGUUGGCAUCACAGCGACAAGGAAGGGAGGCCAUUGUUCUUGUUACGUCUGGGUAAUCUUGACAUGAAAGGAAUGCUUCGAUCUUGCGGCUUGGAGAAUAUCGUCAAGCUCACGUUGUCCAUUUGUGAGGAGGGCUUAAUAAAAACAGCUGAAGCAACAAAACAAAUUGGAGCACCUAUCAGCACAUGGAGUCUUCUGGUCGACUUGGAAGGCCUAAGCAUGCGGCAUCUUUGGCGACCAGGUGUGCAGUCUCUACUGCGCAUCAUCGAAAUCGUUGAGGCCUCAUUGAUCCGGAAACGAUGGGUUCAAGUGCUAAUGUUAAGAGCCCGCGAGGUCUUUCCAUUUUAUGGACCUUGA